GGAGAGGGCAUUAAACAAGUAAGGCCAACUAGCAUAAUCUCUCUAACAGACAGGGAUGCAGUGGAGAUGUAGUCAGUGAUAGGAUUGAUUGCAGCUGAUAGAGCAGAUAGCUGCAUGUGUUUGUUUUCAAUUUUUUCAAAUGGUGGAUUGUAAACACAGCCUUGAUGAAGCAGUGCUUGUUCUUGUCAGUAUGAGCUCAGUGUUCAGCUGGGAACUCUUAGAAGAGGGACCUGCUUCUUUAGAAAAAUAAUUGAACAACCCCCCACCCCAGCUUGCACUGAUUGUGCAUAUUCACAGGAGGAAUACAAAAGAUUGAACAGCUGACUUGAGGCUCUGGAUCCAACUUGCACUGCUGGUGUUUUAUUGUUCCUUGUGGUGUAGCUGGUGAUUGUCCCCAAGAAGAGAGAAGAUGAUGAGUGAUGCAAGUGACAUGCUUGCUGCGGCCUUGGAGCAGAUGGAUGGCAUAAUAGCAGGUUCGAAGGCGCUGGAAUAUUCCAAUGGCAUCUUUGACUGCCAGUCCCCCACUUCCCCUUUCAUGGGGGGCCUGCGGGCGCUGCACCUGGUGGAGGACCUGCGGGGCUUGCUGGAGAUGAUGGAGGCAGAUGAGAAAGAGGGUCUGCGCUGCCAGAUCCCAGACUCAACAGCAGAGGCUCUGAUUGAAUGGCUCCAAAGUCAAAUGACUAAUGGACACAUAUCUGGGAAUGGAGAUGUAUAUCAAGAAAGGCUGGCUCGUCUGGAAAAUGAUAAGGAAUCUCUUGUUCUGCAAGUGAGCGUACUUACAGACCAGGUGGAGGCCCAGGGAGAAAAGAUUCGGGAUCUGGAGUUUUGUCUAGAGGAGCACAGGGAGAAGCUGAAUGCCACAGAGGAGAUGCUGCAGCAGGAGCUUUUGAGCAGAACAUCCCUUGAAACUCAGAAGCUGGAUCUUAUGGCAGAGAUUUCCAAUCUGAAGCUAAAGCUUACAUCUGUAGAGAAGGAUAGAUUGGACUAUGAGGACAGAUUCAGAGAUACGGAGGACUUGAUCCAGGAGAUAAAUGAAUUACGAUUAAGAGUAGGAGAAAUGGACAAUGAAAGACUACAGUACGAGAAAAAGCUUAAAACAACCAAAUCUUUAAUGGCCAAACUUUCUAGCAUGAAAAUCAAAGUGGGUCAGAUGCAGUAUGAAAAGCAGCGGAUGGAGCAAAAAUGCCAGAUGCUAAAGGAUGAACUAUCAGCUUUGAAAGAGAAACUGGAGCAGAAGGAAGCUGAGGUAAAAAGGUUGCAAGAAAAAUUGGUAUGCAAGCUGAAAGGAGAAGGAAUUGAAAUACUGGACAGAGAUGAAAAUUGUAAAAAGAAGCUCAAAGAUAAAAAUAUAGAGGUACAGAAAAUGAAGAAGGCGGUAGAAUCUCUUAUGGCAGCAAAUGAAGAAAAGGAUCGAAAGAUAGAAGAGCUUCGACAAUCUCUGAAUAGAUACAAGAAAGUUCAAGACAUGGUGAUAUUGGCUCAAGGUAAAAAAGGCAAGGACAGUGACAGUGAAGACUUCCUGAAUUCAGGAUCUAUCUCCACAGUUUUAUUGGACACACCAAGUCUGACUGACCCAGAAAAAAGUCCAUCCCCAACCCCAGCAACAGCGUCGCCAAUCCACGAUGAAUUUAACACAAAUAUUCAUGAAGAGAAUUCCUUACAGAUUCACAAAAGUAUUCUGCAGAUUUCAAUCCCAUCUUUUUCAUCAACGUCCAAGAGCUCAGAAACUGCUGCAGAGAAAGUGAAAACACAGCCCAGACCAGAUCCUACAAGUGAUUUGAGUGAAGUAAGAUCAACACGUUCCUCUCCAGAAACUCAGCCAUGUGAUAGUCCAGUGACUUCCUCACUGCAAAAGUCCAGCAGUCUAAGUAGUUUGAAGAAAGAGACAUCUGAAACGGACAGAGAUGCUGCUUCACAAAAGCCAACAGAGCAGGUUAAACCUCGCAUGGAAGGUAAUAAUUUUGCCACUCUCCCUCCAAAAUCUCCUUCUCAUGGCAUCACAGGAGAUGAGGAUAGUUUUGGCACCCGUAAAGCCAGAUCUUCUUUUGGACGGGGCUUUUUCAAGAUAAAAAAUAAUAAGAGGACCGCAAGUGCCCCCAAUCUAGAUCGCAGUCGAAGUGCAAGCGCCCCUACUUUAGCGGAAACAGAAAAAGGAUCUGCAGAUCACCUGGAUCUAGCUGGUUUGCCCCCUCGACCAAAAGAAACAGAUAGCUUGCAGAUGACUCCACCUUCUCCAGAUUCCAGGAAGAAGGCCAGAGGAAUCAAGAAGUUAUUUGGAAGACUUAAAAGAAGUCAGUCUACAACCUUCAACCCAGAUGACAUGUCAGAAACGGAGUUCAAAAGAGGAGGGACAAGAGCAACUGCAGGGCCACGGCUGGGCUGGUCUAGAGACCUGGGGCAGUCUCGCAAUGAGCUGGACAUGCCAUUUGCAAAGUGGACAAAAGAACAAGUUUGCAACUGGCUGCAGGACCAGGGGCUAGGCUCUUAUAUAAGUAACGGCAGACACUGGAUACUAUCUGGGCAAACCCUUCUGCAGGCCUCUCAGCAGGAUCUGGAAAAGGAGCUUGGGAUAAAGCACCCAUUGCAUCGGAAGAAGCUUCAGCUUGCUCUGCAGGCACUUGGGUCUGAAGAGGAGAACAAUCAUGGAAAACUGGAUUACCAUUGGGUUACCAGGUGGCUGGAUGACAUUGGCCUCCCCCAGUAUAAGACCCAGUUUGAUGAAGGAAAAGUGGACGGCCGCAUGCUCCAUUACAUGAGCGUAGAUGACUUGCUGUCCUUGAAGGUUGUCAGCGUCCUCCACCAUCUCAGCAUCAAAAGAGCUAUCCAGGUUCUGAGAAUAAAUAACUUUGAGCCCAACUGUCUGCGCAGGAGGCCAUCAGAUGAGAAUAAUGUCACACCUUCUGAGGUCACCCAGUGGACCAAUCACCGUGUGAUGGAGUGGUUACGCUCUGUUGAUCUGGCAGAGUAUGCACCUAAUCUGAGGGGGAGUGGUGUGCAUGGGGGGCUGAUGGUUUUGGAGCCACGUUUCAAUGUAGAAACCAUGGCCCAGUUGCUGAACAUCCCACCAAACAAGACACUGCUGCGACGGCACCUAGCCACUCAUUUCAACCUCCUCAUUGGGCAGGAGGCCCAGCAGCAGAAACGUGAAGCCAUGGAGUCCCCAGACUACGUCCUCUUAACAGCAACUGCUAAAGUUAAGCCAAAGAAACUUGCCUUCAGCAAUUUUGGGAGCCUGAGAAAGAAAAAGCAAGAUGACGUGGAAGAGUAUGUGUGUCCUAUGGAGCUGGGGAGGGCCUCUGGAAGUGCAUCGAAGAAAGGUUUUAAGGCUGGCCUGGAUAUCCGAGUAUAUGAUGAUGAUGAUUUGGACAGGCUGGAGCAGAUGGAAGAUUCAGAAGGGACAGUGAGGCAAAUAGGAGCAUUUUCUGAAGGCAUCAACAACUUGACACACAUGUUGAAAGAGGAUGAAAUGUUUAAAGACUUUGCAACUCGCUCUCCUAGCACCAGUAUAACAGAUGAAGACUCCAAUGUGUGACAGCAACCAACAGGCACUGAUGAAGGCUCGCUUCCUGUGUGCAAGAAACGUCAUCACUAGAUGUGAUGGGCAGCAGAUCAUAUACACUAUGCUGCUCUUGCUUCUGUUUGUUAGAAGUAAUACUGGGGGUGGAAAGUUUAAAGAAGAACUGAAAAAAAAAUAAAAAAAAAAGGUGCCUACUUUAAAGUUGCCAUAAGAAACACCCAGACACUGGUGAAUGGAAAUUGUUUUUACUAUAUUUAAUGUACAAACCGGUGAUAUGUUUCAGAGUGUUGCAUUUAAAAUUGACAUGGUAUCAUAGUGCUCCUUUUUCUUAUUCAUGUCCUGAGAUAAUCCUUUGUACUAUUACAAAGUAAAGCAAAUUGUUAGAUAGAAAAGCAUUGCACCUGUAGUUGUCAAUCAGCUUUCUCUUAUUGCUGUCUUUUUCAAAGGCCUUUGCCCCACGCAAAUGCUAGUUCUGCCCUUCCUUUGGUAUCCAACAUAGGAUUUUAGCCCUGCAUAAUCUCCCCAGUAGCUCUUUACUGUUGCUUUUAUUUUUAUACUGUUUUAUAAAAAAAAAAAAUUAAAAAAAAAAAAGAAGUAUA